ACUCUGCCAGCAACUAUUAAAAACAUCUGAUUUUCAUUUAAAAUAAUUGAAAUAUUUCGACGGAAAAGUUUAAGAGUAGAAAAUGAAUCAACACGCAAAUAUUGUUCCACCAAAUGCGAUUUCUUCACCGCAACAACCGCAAUCGGCACAAUCACAAGGUUCAACGUCGAGCACGGGCAGUCUACCAAUCUCAACACCUUCACAUCCGCAGCAAUCGAAAUCCGAAGCGCUUGACAAUAUUGCCAAAGUGAAAAGUUUAGCCGGGCCUUUGAGAGAUUCACUUGCCAUGACACUAAAAACGGCGGCCAAUUUACUACAGUACAACAAUCACAUUGAUAAUGGCCCAAUCAAGGGGAUCGACAAUAGCAAUCAGGCUCCGCCACGCUUUGACAAACACUUGGAAGAAUUCUACUCAAUUUGUGAUCAAAUUGAAUUACACCUGAAAACAUCGAUUUUAUGCUUGCAACAAAAUUCCGCUUCACAACGUUACUUGCCGUCACAGGUUAUGUUUACCCGUCUCGACUCAAUGCCAACAAAUGAAAAUGCUCUCUCAUAUCCACAGUAUUUAUCAACGGUGCGUCAACAAAUUGCAUACGCCAAAGAUAUUCAUGAUACCCUCAUUUGUGCCGCACAAAAUAUUGCACCCAGCGAAUAAUCGUCUGUGAAACAUCAGGUGAUUAGGAGGCGCCAUGUCCUUGUACUUAGACAUAAGUUCAGUUUUUACGAGAAAACACAAUAAAACAAAAAUCCCAUUCGGAUCAAGAAAAAAAAACAAUUCUG